UGUUCACUGCAUGGUCCUGGACGACAUGUAUCAAAGCCAAUUAGACACGGUGUCAACGUAACAAGACUGACAAUGUGAAUGGGUUCAGAGGAGAAUAGACAUAUUUUAAUAAGAGUGUUUACGGGAGCUCAAGGUCAGAAACAAGCUGCGAGGUUGGGAAUCCUUUAUUUUUUUACCGUAACACGGGGGAAAUGUAGCCUACGAUUAGAGUAUUAUUGUUUACGGUGUUAUUUUAUCUUGGGUUACGCUCUUAGCUCCAGCAAUGCCGAAUGCCGCAAGACCUAUAUCUAUUUGCUGUGAAUAACGCGGCGGACGACAAUGGACUGCUUUUUUAACGGUACAAUGCAUUUCACCUACCAGAUAGGGAGAGUCCAAGCUGAAAUAUGGAAAUGUAUUGUGAUGCUGAGUAAUUAGUAUCAAUGAACACGUUUGGCCUAGGAAAAAAACUGACCGAAUGAAAUAAAACGCUAUUUUUUACUCAGGAUACGUGCGGAACAGUUAGAGAGAGAAUUCUGUAUUGGACAAUCGUAACAGGUCCGAAGCGCACUUUUCCCCCUUCAGCGAAAGAAAAUGAUCCGGUCAAUCAUAUGGACAUGCCUCAUUAUUCAAUGAACACAAUCUCUCACCAAGGCAUCGUUUACAGACAGGAGUUUCUUCGCGCUACUCCAAAUUUAAAGGCGCUUGUCUCCCCCCCCCCCCCCUCUGCAAACCUGUCUGUGUUCUUCCUGAGCUACGUCGGUGAGGUGGCAGUACUGCAGUGAUCUACGGAUGUCAAUUAGAAGACCCAAGAAAACACAUUAGGACAGAGGCACAUCCUUCUAGGUCGGUCGUCAUUGCUGUGUGCUGUAGUGACUCAGUGGCAGUGAUCUGCCUGGGUCUCCUCGAACCUGACAGACAGGCUCCAGAGCAGUAUGCAGUUAGUGUGUUAAGGAUGGAGGACUCUAGUUUGUGCCUUGGUGUGUCUUCAGCAGUAUCGGACGCUGACAGAGACCAUCUGAGCAACGCAGUGCUAAAUGGCCGAUAUCCCAUCAGUCAGAAGCUCCACCAGCUGACGGCCCAGCUGGGCCACGCCUUUCCCGACCUACAGAGCCGACAGCAGAUCCCUGAGGAGAAAGCUGCCACCCCAUUGGAUGAGAAGAGCCACGCUGCCCUGGCCAGUCAACCAAUCAGCAGUCAGAUGGCACUGCUCGCCAACCAGCUCAACCGGGACAUAGAUGCAAGUGCCCUGGCCAACCUGAAUGGGCGUGUGGACCUGCAGCAGUUUCUCAAUGGGCAGAACCUGGGCAUCAUGUCCCAGAUGAACGACAUUGAAGACGAUGCCCGUAAGAACAGGAAGUACCCGUGUCCGUUGUGCGGCAAGCGAUUCCGCUUUAACAGCAUCUUGUCGCUGCACAUGCGCACACAUACAGGUGAGAAGCCUUUCAAGUGCCCCUACUGCGACCAUCGAGCAGCACAGAAGGGCAACCUCAAAAUCCACCUACGCACCCACAAGCUGGGAAACCUCGGUAAGGGACGCGGCCGCGUCCGUGAGGAGAACCGUCUUCUACAUGAGCUGGAAGAGAGGGCCAUCCUGAGGGACAAGCAGAUCAGGAGCAGCAGCCUCCUUCAGCCAGCCCAGCCCCUGCAGCACCAGCCACACCUUGGCCCUCAGACCCAGCAGCAGCAGCAACAGCCUGGCUCUGCCUGUGGCCUCCUCACCCCCACCAGCCUGGGAACUCCAGACUCCCUCUCCCAGCCCUCGUCCUCCCCCAAGCCGGCCGGCACCCAAGAUGACCAGGCCCUGAACCCACCCACUGGAUUCCGCUGCACCUUCUGCAAGGGCAAGUUUAAGAAGCGUGAGGAGCUGGAUCGUCACAUCCGCAUCCUGCACAAGCCCUACAAGUGCACCUUAUGUGAGUUUGCUGCCUCGCAGGAGGAGGACCUGAUCAGCCAUGUGGAAAAAGCCCAUAUCACGGCCGAGUCAGCUGCGGGACAGGGUGCAGCUGGCGGAGCUGAGAAGCCUGCCAACGAGUUCCGAUGUGAGGUGUGUGGCCAGGUCUUCAGCCAAGCCUGGUUCCUCAAGGGCCACAUGCGCAAGCACAAGGACUCAUUUGAACACGUCUGCCAGAUCUGUGGUCGUCGCUUCAAGGAGCCCUGGUUUCUCAAGAACCACAUGAAGGUCCAUCUCAAUAAGCUGGCCAUCAAGAGCAAGCCCCCAGCAGAGGACAUAAACGCUGUCAACACCAUGAACAGCAUGGCCCAGGAGGCCCAUGCUAACCUCUACUCACGUUACAUCUCCUGCCUGCAGGGCGGCUUCCUAUCCCCAGACAAACAGGGUCUGAGCGAGCAACACCAGAUGCUGGCCAAAGCCGGCAUUGCCAUGAAAGAGAAGGAGAUGCUGGGGAAGCUGCUGGGCCCAAUGGCAGGGAUGGGCCAUGGCCUUGGCGAGGGGGAGAAGCGCUCUCUCCUGGGCUGCCUGAACCUGGUGCCCCCCCUGAAGUCCAGCUGCAUGGAACGCCUCCAGGCGGCUGCCAAAGUUGCAGAGAUGGACCCACUGAAUAGCUAUCAGGCCUGGCAGAUCAUGGCACGAGGCAUGGCCAUGGACCGUGCCUUUAUGCCCAAGGAGCAGCACCAUGAGCAGCACCAUGAGGAGAUGACCAAUGCUGCCGGCAUGGCCUUCACUAAAGAGAAGCAUGACUACCCUAUGAUGUGCUCCAACGAUGGCUCCAAGCAGAAGCAGCACAGCGAAGCUCUGCAUGGCUCGAAGGCCGGCAGUGGAGCCAUGAUGCCCCUGAAAGACGACGGAGUGGGCUUCGACAGCCAUCGUGACUUCAUGCCCCAUCAUGGCGGCCAUGGCCUGGGCCUGGUCCACGGCCUGGAGUACAACCACCUGACUAGCCUGAAAGAGAAACCCACAGAGUGUCCUGACUGUGGCCGGGUCUUCAGGACCUAUCACCAGAUGGUGGUCCACUCUCGGGUGCACAACAAGGAGCGGCGGCCCAUAGAAGAAGCCAUCCAGCAGCAGAACAACACCACAGGACUGGAUGAGCGGCGUGGCUCAGCCAGCGACCCCGAGUCCCAGUCCAUCAGCAGGUCCACCACCCCUGGAUCCUCCAACGUGACGGAGGAAAGCGGAGCCGGAGGAGGUCACUCCCAGACCGGCAGUGUCCGAGACGACAGCCCACACCCUUCCUCCCCAUCCUCAGGUAAGACUAAGUCAUUACUAUACCCUGAAUAAUGAUCAAUCCCAUAGUCACAUUAUCCUUAUUAUCAGGACUUCUUCCAAUGUAUUCUUCAUUAUUUAUAUGGGGAGGACACGUAAGGGGGAGACCAUUGUGUCCGAAGAGGAUAGGUCCUUACACAAAGAUGAGUUGGUUGAUGGCUGGCACAAGAUCUCUUACAUACGCCAUUUGCUUUGACAUCCCUUCUACACAACACU